GGGUCUCGAUCGAACCUUCCCCUCGGCUUUGUCUGUGCGAGUUCUUGUUGUCUGGGAGAGCGGCAGAGGCGCCGCUGCGGAUUGGACAGCGGGAGAAACCUGUGAUCCUUUCCUAUUGGUCAGUGUGUCGGUGAACGAUACUGAUUGGUUGGACUGAGCAAUCCUUGUCCUCUGGAAGAGCUCUCCCCGGAUGGGAGCUCCGGCCGCGGAGUGAUGGUGGCAGCUUCGGAAAUGUGCCGGGCAGGGACCAUGGUGGUGGCAGCAGAGGUGGUAGGGGCGGGGCAGCAGGAGGUAGAGGAGGCUGUGGUCUUCAGGGGUCUGUAGGUGGAGGCAUGGCUCGGGCCAGCAGCAGGAACAGCAGCGAAGAGGCCUGGGGGGCACUCCGGUCGCCGCAACAGCAGAGUUCGGCAGCGUCUUCUCUUGAGGGAGCAAUUUGGAGACGAGCUGGAAGCCAGACUCGCGCCCUGGAUGCCAUCCUUUAUCAUCCACAGCAAUCCCAUCUGGUUGGGAGCACUGCUCUGGCUUCAAGAGCUAUGCCCAGGAGUGAAUACCCAACCCUACCUCUGUGAGAAUGGCCACUGCUGCGGGGAGACUGGAUGCUGCACCUACUACUAUGAACUCUGGUGGUUCUGGCUGCUCUGGACAGUCCUUAUCCUUUUUAGCUGUUGUUGCGCCUUCCGCCACCGGAGAGCUAAACUCAGGCUGCAACAGCAGCAGCGGCAGCGUGAGAUCAACUUGCUGGCUUACCAUGGGGCAUGCCAUGGGGCUGGCCCUGUUCCUGCUGCUUCCCUGCUUGACCUUCGCCUUCUCAGCACCUUCAAACCCCCAGCCUAUGAGGAUGUGGUUCACCACCCUGGCACACCACCACCUCCUUACACUACGGCCCCGGGCCACCCCUUGACUGCUUCCACUGGAUGCACCUGCUGCUCUUCUGCAUCCAGCUGCUCUGCCCACUUGGAAGGGACAAAUGUGGAAGGUGUCUCCUCCCACCAGAGUGCCCUCCCUCAUCAGGAGGGUGAGCCUGGGGCAGGGUUGAGCCCAGUUCACAUACCCCCUUCCUGCCGCUAUCGUCGCCUGACUGGUGACUCAGGUAUUGAGCUCUGUCCUUGUCCUGACUCCAGCGAAGGUGAGCCAGUCAAGGAGAUGAGGGCUAGUCCCACCCAACCAGAUCUGGAGGACCAUUCCCCUUGUGCACUGUCCCCAGAUUCUCCCCUGGGGCAGUCUUCCAGUUAUGGGGACAUCCCAUAAGUAGUUUCAGGAGGGAGGCCACCAGGAGCAGCCCGGGUUUCAACUGUGGUCCUCCAUGUGGGCCCCUCCCAUCCUCUCCCUCCUAGAAUAUGCCUGAAAGGGCUGGAGCCCCGAAGAGGGCAGUACCGAGGACUGUGCUAUCUUUACUCACUCCCAAAACAUACACAGGAGCCUUUAAUCUCAUUAAAGAGACGUGAACCAGC